AUCCGCUCCUCCUCUCCUCUCGCUCCGCUUCCCAAAAAAAAAAGACGAGAGAGAGAAAAAAAGUUCUCCACGAGGAAGUAGUAGUAGCGAGACGAGAGGAGAGGAGGGAGCUUGAGGAGGAAGUAGGCGGCGGCGAGGUCUCGAGCUGCGGCCUGCGGCGCGGGUGGUAGCUUCGCGGCGGCGGCGGAGGAGGGGGAGGAUGCGGAUCCCGCGGAGGAAGGGCGGGGCGGGGCCGCUGGUGGGGGCGCCGAGCAGGAGGGCGCAGGUGGCGGCGGUGUUCGCGCUCGCGCUGCUGCUCGGUGUCUCCGUGCUCUACGACAGCGCCCACAUCGCCGCCUCGCUCCGCCGCCACGGCGUCGGCGGCGGCGGGAGUAGCGGCGGCGGAGGAGGAGGAGGAGGAGACGGCGCCCGCGCCUACACAAACACCAAGCUCUCCGCCACGACGGAGGAGGCGGAGGCGGAGGCGGCCGAGGUGCGCUCCCCACCGGCGCAGGGGGUCGAAUCGGCGGUGGAGGCGACGGAUCGGGGCGAGGCUCCACCGGAGCAGCCGGUGGCCGCGGACUCCGGAGCGUCGUCAGCCGAGACCCCGCCGUCUCUGCUGGAGCAGGUGACGGAGACGCCGCCGCCGUCGCCGUCGUCGUCGUCGGCGGCGGCGGCGGCGGCGGAGGCGCAGGUGGGAGGGGAUCACGGUGGCGAGAGCUGCGACGUGUACAAGGGGAGGUGGGUGUACGACGAGGCGAACGCGCCGCUGUACAAGGAGUCCGCCUGCGAGUUCCUCACCGAGCAGGUCACCUGCAUGCGCAACGGCCGCCGCGACGACGACUACCAGAAAUGGCGGUGGCAGCCCGACGGCUGCGACCUCCCCAGAUUUGACGCUAAGUUGCUCCUGGAGAAACUGAGGAACAAACGACUGAUGUUUGUGGGGGAUUCGCUGAAUCGGAACCAAUGGGAGUCCAUGGUGUGCCUUGUCCAAUCUGAGGCUCCCUGGGAGAAGAAAUCACUUGUCAAGAAUGACUCUCUAAAUGUCUUCCGCCUUGAGGAGUACAAUGCUACUAUCGAGUUCUAUUGGUCACCUUUUCUAGUUGAGUCAAACUCAGAUGAUCCAAACAUGCAUAGCAUCGUUGACCGCAUAAUCAAGCCAACAUCAAUUGCAAAACAUGCAGCGAAUUGGGAAGGGGUGGACUACUUGAUUUUCAACACUUAUAUUUGGUGGAUGAAUACACCAGAGAUGAAAAUUUUACAUGGUGGGUCCUUUUCAAAGAAACCAGUGAAAUACGAUGAAAUGGAACGUGUAGCUGCAUACCGGAAGGUCCUCAAGACAUGGUCUAGAUGGGUAGAAAAGCAUGUAGAUCCGAAAAGAAGUACAGUCUUCUUCAUGAGUGUCUCACCUGUGCAUAUGCAGAGCGAGGGCUGGGGAAAACCAGAUGCCAUAAAAUGCUUCUCUGAGACGCAGCCAGCUAUCAAUUACACAAAGAAAUUGGAGGUGGGCACGGACUGGGAUCUGUUCUCGACAGCUCAUCACGUAACGAAGGCUAUGAAGAGGGUGCCAGUGCACUUCAUCAACAUAACGGCGUUGUCAGAGAUCCGCAAGGACGCGCACACAUCGGUGAACACCCUGCGGCAGGGGAAGCUCCUGACGAAGGAGCAGAAGGCGAACCCCCGCAAGUUCGCGGACUGCAUCCACUGGUGCCUACCUGGGUUGCCAGACACAUGGAACGAGUUCAUUUACGGUCACAUCGUCUCGAGCCCUCAAAGGAGGCCGGUUGAGCCGAUUGAGAAUCAACCUCAGAGAUAACAGUGAAGAAUUUGUCUAUUUGGAAUCCAUUAGAUCGUUUAGCGAGGAAGAAGUGGCGGCCGAGGCCAUAAAUUAUUUUCUAGGUUUAGGAAUCUAUGCUGUUGAUUCACCUAGGGUUUAAACAGAAUGGUGGCCAUGGGGUAGAGAAAUGUAGCUGUAAGCAACCAAGAUAGCCCUAGACGAGAGCUCUGAUGCUGUCUGAGAGUUUGAAUGCGGUUGUUUCUGAGGAGAAUGCUUUCUCUGCUUCCCGUCCAAAAAAGGUGAGUGUAUUUCCAUGGAUGCAUGUAUAUAAUCUUACUAAAUUCUUUUGGGGAAUUGUUUUCGGUUUGUCCCGUGGACAAUUUUCUUGAACUGUCGCAAACGUUCCAGUAAAGCUGCAACAGUCAAUAUACAAAUUGGCUGUUGCCUUGUGAUUCAUUUCC